CCGGACCUUCCCCCCUCUCAGCACCGCCUGCCAGCUUGCUAUAUUCAGGUUCCAGGCGCCUAAAAUGGAGACUAUCUCCAGAAUCUCCUCGAUGCUGGAAACAGCUCGGGAGCUUACUCUCGAAGCUGCUCAGUCGGCAGCUAUCGGUAAAGGACCUAUUACGGGGGCUCCUUCAUCGCGGAAUACGAGCGCUUCCCAUAUCAAGAAGCUUUUGGAUAGUCGCCAUGAACGGGAAGUUCUCGACGGGAUGCGAAGGGUGAUCUCGUUGAUGUAUGGCACGGAAUCGGCCCUACCUUUCUUUUCAGCCGUCGUCAAAAAUGUCGCGAAUACGAGCCUGGAAGUCAAGAAACUGGUCUAUAUAUACCUGGUCCACUACGCCGAAGCAGAGCCCGAUCUCGCAUUGCUGUCCAUCAAUACGAUCCAGAAGUCGCUCACAGAUUCGAACCCCCAGGUCCGAGCGAUGGCGCUGCGUACGAUGUCCGGGAUUCGAGUCCCGGUCAUCAGCCAGAUCGUGUCUCUUGCGAUCAAGCGCGGUUGCGCCGAUAUGAGCCCACACGUGCGCAAGACUGCAGCAUUGGCUAUUCCUAAAUGCUAUCGCUUGGACCCGAGUACGUUGCCGCAGCUGGUUGGGUACCUGGCUAUGCUUUUGGGUGAUAACCAGUACUUUGUCGCUGGUCCGGCAGUGGCUGCGUUCUUGGAGAUUUGUCCGGAUCGGAUCGACCUUAUACAUAAGUGCUAUCGGAGUUUGGUGAGGAAGUUGGUGGACAUGGAUGAAUGGAGCCAGAUAUCUACGCUGCGGCUUUUGACGUCCUACGUGCGACAGUGUUUCCCUCAGAGGACUCAGAAGGUUAAGCGGACGGUGUCCAAGAAGGACUUUUAUGAUGACGAGGAAAGCCCUCGUGACGGUGAAGAAGAAGAAGAAGGAGAAGAACUUGAAGUACCGGCUUUGGACCCGGAUCUGGAAUUCUUCCUUCGAACAUGCAAAAUCCUUUUGCAGAACCGCAAUUCCGCUGUCAUUGUCAGCGUUGUUCGUGCUUUUCUCUACCUCGCCCCGCCCGAGUAUCUCGAUGCAGCAGCCGGUCCUUUGGUGGCUCUUCUGCGGAGCCCACAGGACAUACAGCAUGUUGCUCUCUGCAACAUCGUUGUCGUUGCUCUGCGCUAUCCGAAUCUAUUCACGAAAUACGUCUCGCAUUUUCUCGUCCAUAGCAUCGACCCACCUCAUAUCUGGCGGCUCAAACUCGAGGUUCUUACCCUCCUGUUCCCGCAUUGUGGUAUGCAUCUGAAAGGUAUAAUUUUGAGCGAGCUUCGUCAUUUUGCCCAAGGGACCGAUCCGGAAUUGGUGCGCGAGAGUGUCCGCGCGAUAGGCCGUUGUGCGCAGACCGACCCGGACACCGCCGAUUACUGCUUGGAUUUACUCCUCGGUCAGAUUGCAAGCUUGGACGACAACUUGGUGUCAGAGACUUUGACUGUGAUCAGGCACCUUAUCCAACAAGAUCCGGCCUCUCACGAACAAACGGUCAUCGAGUUAGUGAAGCAUCUGGGAACGACGAAUAACCCCGAUGCACGGGCAACCAUUGUGUGGCUCGUGGGCGAAUUUGCGGGUGUGGAUCCGGAGCGGAACAUCGCACCUGACGUUCUACGAAUCCUAGUCAAAGGGUUUGCGGAUGAGUCGGAGGCCGCGAAACAGCAGAUCGUGCUACUUGGCGCUAAAGUCUAUCUGCAUCAUCUCUUGCGAAACCCGCCCCCGGAGCCGAAAGAAGAGCCUGUACCGAGCCAGAGGAUCGAACCAGGCCCGACAAACGAGUGGGCUGACGAUCAGGAUGAGAACAAGUCUCCAGAGAACCAAGAGAACCAAGUGGAGGAACAGCCUGCCGAGCCAGAACCGGAUAGAAUCACGCUCCUCUGGCAGUACCUUUUGCUUCUCACGAGAUACGACACCUCCUACGAUCUUCGCGACCGUGCACGACUGUACAAGGCACUCCUCUCCAACCCUUCGUCCACCGACCUGGCUAAUCUGCUCUUGCUGGCGCCGAAACCUGUUCCACACACGCCGAGUCCGUCUGAAACCCGCAAGAACCUGCUCAUCGGUUCGGCCACGCUCAUUAUCGGCUCGGACGCUGGAACCCACGGGCUGCGUGGCUACGAGGAUCUUCCUUCUUGGGUCGAAUCUGGCCAGGAACCUGACCCGAACCUUCGAGAACAGGAAGCCAAACCCGAGUUAACCGAGAAAUUGCCUUCUACCGCGGCGGAGAAACUCGACCGGGCGCUCCGGGAACAUCAAACCAAUGUCGCUGCUCUCGAUCAACAACGGAGACUUGGACAUGGACAUGGACAGGCGAUGGCGUCUGCGUCGAAGGGCAAGAAGACCCUUGACGAGUGGCUCGAAGCUGAAUCGGAGACGGAGGAGGAAACGGACUCGGAGGAAGAAGUGACGGACUCGGAGGAAGAGACUGAUGAUGAGGAAGAGGAAACGGACUCGGAGGAAGAAGAGUCCGAGGAAGAGACGGAUUCUGAGGGUAAUGAAGAAGGCGCUCAGCUUCUACAACGGGGUAGUGGAUAUGCACAGAGCUCGAAGGAUGUGCCAUAGUGGCCCUGUAUGGGUGGUUAUGGGUAUCUUAAUAAAUCUGAAUAUAUGGCCCUCACCUGACUCUAGAGAUAUCGAG